AUUCUACUUCAUUCAACAUAAAGAAAGAAAAAUAACUUUUCGCUAAUUAUCAUAAUCUGGUUAACUUUUUUGUAAACAUCAUCAAAACUUUAAAAACCCAGUCGAGGCCGAGAAAGUCGAUAAAAGAUUAAAAAAAAAAUAAAGACAACAAGAGAUGAAUCAUAGCUCGAGUACCUAAUAUUAUGCCAUAAGAAAUACUACCACUUGAUUGCAAUCGGCAGGCUUUUGUCUAUAAAAACAACCUCUUUUUUGUUUUUGAGAUUGUUCAUUAUUCGCAGGUGUUUGUUAUUGUUAUAAGAAAAAGUAAAACAUUUUUUCAAAAGUACCUACUUGCAAUUGAAUUUCCCCCUUUUCCAUUAAAAUCCAAACCAUUCCAUAAUCACAUACAAAGUGGAUUGGAGCAUAGAGUUUCUUUGCUUUUAUCUGACGACGCGACUGCGACGUAUUGACCUAUUAAACUCUUGACUGUUGAAGAAGAUAAAAGAAUUAAUGAACUACCAACAGCAAGCGACUACUCGUAUAUUUCUCUGUGCUUGAUGAAAACUUUUCAUUUGCUUUGUUUUUGUAUAAAAAGAAAAAUGCGAAUGCGCUCUUAUACGGAAGAACUGUGUCAAUAUCACAAUCGAAUUUGUUUUUAAUAAAUAUUUAAAAAAAAUCUCUAGAUUGUGCCAUGAGAAUGUAUAAAGUGAACUAACUUUAAUAAGAUUAAAGACCAUGCGGAAAUAAAAGUAGACUGUGAACACAAAAGUAACUAAUCCAGUAUUCAAAUAGAUCUAAUAUUAUAUCAGCAAAACUAAAAUGUACGAAAACGAAGGCAUUGACGAUGAGGACUUUGAUUGUUCGAAUUUAACAAACCGGACAAGUGUUAUCUUCACCAGCGCAUACAAUGGAAUCCCUCAAACACUUAUACUUAACGUCGUUGCAUGGCUUCUCUUAAUUAUACUCUUUACAACUUUAAGACACCAAGCGGGAGAUUUUGGUCGUUUGGCAUUGGUCAAUAAUCGAGGAAAUAAAAAACGAUGGACCGAAGUAUUCUAUUCACAACGUAGUGAAUCAGUGCAAACACCAUCAAGCGAUUACCAAGGAUCUCUGACAGUUAACAAUCAUCCCAUUGAUCAUGGUCUAUUCGCCUGGGUGAAAAUAACCUGGCAGCUUAAAAAGGAGCAGAUUUUGUUGCACACCGGACCUGAUGCCGUACACUAUCUAUCAUUCCAGCAACAUUUGAUGGUUGUCAUGGCUAUUGUUACAGCAAUCUCUCUCAUCGUCAUAUUUCCAAUUAAUUUUUUGAAUGGCACCGAUCGAAAUGGAACCUAUGCAGUGAAUGCCUUUGGUCACACUACCAUGUCCAAUUUGCCACCCGAUUCGGAAUGGCUUUGGGUGCAUGUAAUUAUUGCUAUUCUUUAUGUACCAUUGGUGGUAUUGAUUAUGCGCAGAUCUUCGGGAAGAAAUGCCUUCAAGAAGGCACCAACACGCACUAUUAUGAUUACAAACAUAUCAUCGAACGAUCGCAACAAGACAGUCAUAAGGAAUUACAUCCAAGAAUUAUUCCCCGAUGUGACCAUCGAAGACGUUCAAAUUGCUUAUAAUAUUUCAAAAUUGUAUGAGAAGAACACUGAAUAUGAAAAAGUUCUAGAUGCUCGUAUCUAUUGUGAGAAUCAUCGUGAUCGUGAUUUGAUUAAAGUCAGACCAGAAUUUUGUUCGUGCAAAUCCGAAAACGCCUAUGAUUAUUAUCAGCAGGAGGAGAGAAAACUGUCUGGCGAUGUUGCCCGUCUACGAGCUGCUGCAUUGAAUGAACCUCUAGGUAUUGCUUUCCUUACUGUCUCAACUGUCCUUGAAGCACAAAACAUUGUGAGUCAUUUUACUCCUGGCACAUAUCGCCAAUGGGAUCUAACAUUCGCUCCAUCACCGGUUGAUCUGUAUUGGGAGAAUCUUAAUGUCAGUUCUAGUCGAUGGUAUAUCAAGUGGGCAAUGGUCAAUAUCAUUCUCUUUACUGUACUCUUCUUUCUAACAACUCCAGCCAUUAUCGUGAACAUGCUUGACAGUGUAGCACUUGUAAAUGGAAGUAAAAUAACUUCACUGAGUCCACUUAUUUCUGAUUUCUUGCCAACAUUGAUGCUUUGGACACUGUCAGCCCUAAUGCCGGUCAUUGUGGCUUUCUCAGAUAAAUGGCUCUCUCAUUACACACGAUCGUUGCAAAAUUACUCAAUUAUGACAAAAUGCUUUGGAUAUUUACUCUUUAUGAUUUUGAUUCUACCCUCUUUGGGUCUGACUAGUGCCCAGGCCUUGCUUAAAUGGACCGUUAGCAAUGAAACAAGUCGCUGGCAGUGUAUAUUCCUUCCCGACCGAGGUUCGUUCUAUGUUAAUUAUAUUAUUACUGCUGGAUUUAUUGGUACCGCAUUGGAACUUUUACGUUUCCCUGAGUUGAUCGAAUACAUUUGGAUGUUGUGUACGGCAAAGUCAAAGGCCGAAACUCCACACAUUCGCAAAUCAAUUCUGAUUGAAUUUCCAUUUGGAACACACUACGCCUGGACGGUGGUUGUCUUUACCAUUAGCAUUGUCUACAGUAUCUUUUGUCCACUCAUCAUGCCAUUUGCAAUGGUCUAUAUAUGUUUCAAGCAUUUCGGCGAUCGAUAUAAUUUGUUCUUUGCAUACGGACCGAGCAAUAUGAUAAGUCGAAAUGGCGGCAAAAUACAUUCUACAGCCGUUACUAUGACAAAGUUUUCGGUCAUUAUUCUGUUAGUGAUAAUGGCUAUGCUGUCUGUUAUUCGUGGUCAGGGAAUGGCUCGUGGAAUAGUUUUAUUAUUUGCACUUUGCAUUACGAUAGUUUUGUUUACGUUUAUGUCACCUAUUAAACGAUGUACUGCCGUGAAACGGCCGAGUAUUGUUGAAAUUUCUGGACCAGCUCCUUUAUACAUUGCCGAUGUAUUGAAACCUCAAUCAGUUGCCCCACAUACAGCGGCAGCAUUCGCUGGCGCUAUGCCAGACUAUGGAUCGGAUAGUGUAUCUGAUUUUGAUAUCAGUUCACAAGGUAGUGUAGAGGCUUAAGAAUGUUAUUCUCUUUAAUUUGCAGUUUGACUUAAAAAGUCACAUUAACACCGUAAUAAACUUGUAUCUCGUGCUAUUAUUGGUUAAGAUUAAUAUUUCUUUUUUUUAAAAGUACAUCAUUUAACAAUGUGUGGCAACUCUUAUUGAUUAUAUAAAUUAAAAAAAGUACAAAAUCAAAAAAAAAAAAAUAUUAAAUUAAAUUGAAUUGAAUCGCCUUUUAAAAAUGUGAUAACGAAAUUUAUUCAAAGUUUGUUAAUAUGUAUAUGUAUUUAUCUUCUUUGAUUGAUUAAUAAAUAUUUUUCCUAUACAAAAUAAACAUAAAAUAAAUCACAUUUGAUUGUAAAUAUUUUAAUUUGUUUUAUUUUUUUUUUUUUAUUAAUAACUAAGUUUUAAAUGUUUAAAAGUUUGUUUAUUUACUGCGAUGAUUGCAGUUUUUCAAACGUCUUUACAUAUAUAAGAACGUUUUAAACACACAAAUAUUUAUUUUUUAUCAAUUUUACUAUUUUGUUUUUAAUUGUUUAUAUUUACUAAAAUAUAAUAUUUAUAUAUAAGUAAAAAUAUAUAUUAUAACAUUUUUAAUCACUCCAUAAAGUGUUGUUUUUUAUUCAUAAAGCUGUCUAUUUUUGUUUUGUUUUUUCAACUCUGUCUAGAAUUUCUUUUUUGGGCUGGUCGCAGAUUUCUAGUGUGAGAGAUAACCCAUUUAAUAAUACAAUGGAACCGAUACAUGUUGCUAUGUAUUAAAUAACGGCGUAGUUCAGGAUAAGCGCAAACUCCUGUUGGCAAAAUAACCAACUCCUGGGCGACCAACUUAAUCCUACAUUUUUCAACCGAUCGGGCUGAAAUUUUGUGUGUAGCUUAACAACACUUUUCGCUUGAUAUACUUAAUCAAACUAAAUAAACUCCAAAGAAAAUAAUGUUUCUCCUUCGUUUUUUUCGCGGAUAAAAAUGAAACUGUUUUUCUUGCCAUAUGUUGAUGGUGAUGACCUUUUUGUUGAUAAUUAUAUGUUUUUAAAAACAUAUAGUUUUUCUUGCCUACAAAGUGUUAUUACCCUUUGCAGAAAAUCUUCCCAUUUAAAUAGCCCUGGUGAGAUAAUUUUCUAUUAGAAUAUUUUCGAAAAAAAACCUCUCGGUUUUGAAUUGUUCCAUGUCUUAGACCAACUGAAUGCAGAUAUCGUUGCAUUUGUUUUCUCCAUGAGUUUUUGGGCCUGCCUCUUUGCGAUUGUGUUGGAACGUCGUAUGGUAUCGCCGUUUGAACUGAUUUAAAAUAUCUGUUAAAAUGAGACCAAUAGUUGUUAACGCGCUUGAAAGAUCAUU